CUAAUAAUACGUGACGUUGUUCAAUUAUUGUAGUAUUCGUGAGCACGUGAGUUUUUUUAAAAAACUAGUUUUCCUUGGAACCUUAUAGUGCUGGACAAAUCGCGAUUAGUAAUUUAUAUAAGAGACAAUAAUUGCAUUAAAAAAUUCUUCUUUUCCUCUACGCUACGUCCGUCCAAUGACCGAAAUCUAGAAUUAUGCGAUAGUUCGUGUUUACGGUUUAGGGGGCGGUUUUUUUUUCAUUUUUUUAUUUUUUCGGUUGAUAUUUUAAUUACGAAAUGGUUUCCAAAUUAUCGUGAGAUCUUAGUCAAUUGUUCGAUUGAAUUUUACUCGUACGUUUAUUGUGGAAAUUGAAGAAAUGGAAAAAAUGGAACAAGACGAGAAAUGCUCUAUGUUAGAAAAUGGAUGCAAACUGAAGACUGAUAAGAACGCGUCCGAAAAGAUGAAUUGGCAAAACGAAAAUUCGCAUUACAGAUCAAUUUUGGCGCAGUGGUUGGCGACGAUUGCGAAUAGUAUGAUGUUCCUUGGAGUGGGUAUGAUGGUUGCCAUUCCAACCGUAGUGAUUGGUGUACUGCAUAAUCCAAACUCGGAAAUACCGCUCAGUGAUGAUGAAACGUCCUGGUUUGGAGGUCUUAUGCUACUUAUACAACCUCUGGGUUGCAUUGUGGCCGGAUUUUUGCAAAAUUACAUCGGCCGUAAAUCGGGCAUGAUAUUAAUGAACAUUCCGGAAUUAAUAGCGUGGAUCUUAAUGUAUACAGCGACUUCGGUUAAUGCUCUAUACGUAUCAGUGAUAAUGAUGGGUAUUAGUGCUGGUUUUAUGGAAGCUCCAGGAUUAGCCUAUAUUGGGGAAAUUACCCAGCCGAAAAUUCGUGGAAUUCUAACUUCGUUCGCCAACAUCAAUGUCACCGUUGGGCUAUUGAUAGAAUUUUUCUUGGGAUCCGUAUUAGAUUGGAGAACAGCUGUAGCAGUCAGCGCAGUUUUUCCUUUAAUUUCCAUUGUGCUUAUUGCAUUUAUACCAGAUUCUCCAGUAUGGUUGCUAAGCAAAGAUAGAAAAGAUGAAGCGUUGCAAGCUCUAUGUUGGCUUCGAGGUUGGGUAUCCGAGGAUAAAGUAAAAGCUGAAUUUGACGAACUAUGUCGUUACACCGAAGCUUCUAGAUUUCGAGGAGUCAAAGACUCGCAUAAUAAAAUUUAUGUCGAAGUUCCUACCAAAGGAUAUGUUUGCGCCAAUGGAACUGGUAUUGUUAAACCAGCUGAAAAAUCAAUGUCGUUGAGAAUAAAAAUUUUCGAUUUGUUUCGACCUUCGAUGAUGAGACCGUUCUGUUUAUUAUUAGGAUACCAGAUAUUUUUCCAUUGUGCAGCGUUAACAGGUUUAAGAUGUUACAUGAUUGAGACAUUUAGUUCUUUGAAUAUGCCAAUUAAACCUCAAUGGCUUGCAUUUACUUCAGCCAGUGUGAUGAUAUUCGGCGGAAUUACGUGUAUUUUAACGGUUAAAAAAGUAGGCAAAAGGAAACUAUCGUUGUUUUCAAUGAUGGCUUGCAGUUUGGGCUGCGUCGUACUAGGCAUUUAUAGUUUAUACAAAGAUCAACUAGACAUUCCUUGGUUACCUACCACAGUCUUCUGCUAUUUAUAUUUUUCAACUAUGGUUGGAAUUGGCCCUAUACCUUGGAUGUUGAUUAGUGAAGUAUUCCCAGUGAGAGGACGUUCAUUUGGAGCUGGAGUAUCAGCGGCUUCAUUCUACAUGAUUGCAUUUCUUUUCACAAAGACGUAUCUCGAUUUACAAAGUUUGAUUUCUCUACACGGAUGCUUCUUUUUGUACGGUAUUGGAGGAUUCGUCGGUUUCGUGUUUUUGUACGCUUAUUUACCUGAAACAGAAGGGAAAACUUUAGCUGAAGUCGAGGAUUGUUUCACAAAACCCAAAAGAAGAUCGGUUAAUAUACAAACAUGAAAUAAUAAAUCAUAAAAAUCAAAAAAUUUAAAAUUAAAAAAAAACUAGCUUUUUUCAAAUUUACGAAUGAUAUCACGUUCCUAUAAGACUCAUUAUACCUAUCUUAUUGUUAAGAUUUCUUUGAAUCUGUGCUUUUUUAUUAUGAUUCUUUCAAUUGCAUUUUCAUCACUUUAAUUUAUUUAUACGAAUCUGUCUUCUUAUAUUGUAAAGAGUAUUUUUACUUAUUGUAGAUCGAUUUUUGUCAUUCAUGUUGCGAGUGUUUUGUACAACAUUUUUUCCAUUUUAUCGCGUAUGUUAAUAAAACGAAUGGUUUUCAA